GUCGGAUCUUGCACUUGUAUAAACGAACACCACGUCUCAGAACUACUCUCGACGCCUCAGCGACUGAACACAGUGUCUGAUCAUGUCGAGCAAUAGUACGGCUGCAAGCAUUGACGCGGCAAUAGCCGAAUUCUUCUCGACAUGGGACAUAUACACGACCAUCCUGGCCAUCAUUCUAACCGUGGUCCUCAUCUGGCCCAUAUUAUCAGGACGAGAACCUGACACCCACCCAUUUUUGCUGGUUAGACAAGCCCAGGUCUCGCCUGUACGGCAGCCUGGUCACUCGGCUGUCUAUCGCGCCGUCGACAUUCCUCACGGAUAUCCGCUCCGUACAGGACUAGGCGUCAAGGAUCCCGGAGCACCAAGAUGGACCGCCGGCCGACCAGGGGAUCUGCGUGACAUCUGGCGAGCGGCAGUCCGAGGACCCGUCAAGGAGGAUGGCACGCCGACCGGCCAGAAAAGCAAAAUCCUAACGGUCCACGGCAAGGACCAGGUCAUUGAACAUGGCUUUGAUGAAUUGACCCUUGGCAUCAACGUCGUCGGCCAAUACGUGAAACGCAAUAACGGGCAGUCGGUAGCUGUAUGCUUGUCCAACUCGGUGGAACUGCUGUCUGUUAUCUUUGCCGGCUCAUUCUACGGCUUCUCCACCACAUUGGUCCCGUACGGACUUAAUCCCGACAAACUCAAUGCUCUCCUAUCCCAAACAAACGCGGACUUUGUGGUCGUCGAAGCCGGUACUCUCGACCUCGACACGAUGCAGUCGACGAGCAAGGCCAUCAGGAACGUCAUCUAUGUGACCAACCCGUCGAACCAGCAUAUGAACUGGUCAGCCAAUGCGCCCGAAGGCCUCACUCUCGCAUCAUGGCACGAGCUCGUCCAGAAGAAUCAUCGCAGUACGAACUCGGAACCCUUGCCCCUGGACAAGGACUCGCAGGUGCCGCCCGUGUCUAUUUUCUAUCCUGGCGCGAAUGGGAACUAUGAUCUUGUCAAGUAUUCCUCCGAGAAUCUCGUCUCAGGCACCGCAGCCCUUCAAGCAACAUUAGUCCGCGCCUACAAGCUCAGUCCCGACGACACCGUCCACCCAACAACCAGCCUGACAGACAGCUACACGCUCUGCUGGAUCCUGGCAGCCCUCUACUCCAACGCAAGCGUAUCACUCAACUCGGUUGCCGGCGACAACGUGAACCUCGAGCAAGCCACGGCACUAAGCCGGCCGACUGUGGUGAUUGCCUCUCCAUCCACAGUCCAAUCGUACCUUCAACAUCCGGCCACCACCAAGCCUUCCAGUGUGUCCAAAUACAUGUCCAAACGGACCCUGAGGGCAGGAAAUCUGCCGGCCAAAAGCGCAAGCACAUUAUCUUCUUCGCUGGCGAGGGUGCGCGUAUUGCUGAUUCCGCAGUCGACCACUUCCAAGCCGGAAACGCGUCUGUCUUCGUCGACCUUGCAUGCCCUGCGAACCCAGCUGCAGUGCCGUCUCGGCUAUGCGCUGACCACGCCUCUGGUCGCUGGGGCCAUUGCCCAGACUAAUAUUCUCGAUUAUCGUGACAAGGGGGAUCGAGUUGUCUGUGUUGGUGCUCCGCUGAGUUCGGUCGAGAUCCAUGUCUCGGGUGACGAGAGUGAGAUGGACAGUCACACUCCGAGGGGAAAGAUCACCGUCAAAGGCCCCGCCGUCGUCGGAGGCAAGAUCUCGCUCGACGUCGAAGGCCAGAUCGAUACAGACCAUACUCUGCUUCUGGUCUAGUCUUGACAAAAAGUCAUGCGUCUACCAUAACAACAAUGGUACCUAUUGCCGGUCGCAGCGCAGCGCAGCGCAGCCUUGCGUACCUAGGCAUCAUUUACUUUUUACCCAAGCAAAUCUAGUCAUAUACAUAGCAGGCCAAAAGACUCUCAUGAUAUUAAAGCAACCAACCAUUAGAAUCUAGACAAAAAAAAGCAAUUCCCUUCCGA